AUGCCACCGCGAUUUUUCUCCGCCUUUCUUCUUGGCGGCGUGACGAGCCUUCUUGCGAGCGGCUCCGCGUGCGCCGCUGGGGUCUACGCGAGCCCGUACCCGCAGAAUGCACGGAACUCGGUGGUCUACCUUGACACAGCGUUGCAGGAGGGCUACUCCUGGUUCGGGUCGGACGCGACGAAGCCGAUAGGGCGCGUGGAGGUGGAACUCUUUGACGACACGGUGCCCAUCACCGCGCGCAACUUCCGUGAGCUUUGCCGCGGCUACGACAAGGCCACACCGGACGGGAAACCGCUGCACUACAAGGGCUCCGUCUUCCACCGCAUCAUUCCCGGAUUUAUGAUUCAGGGCGGCGACAUCACCAAGGGCAAUGGGACGGGCGGCUGCUCCAUCUACGGUGUUCGCUUCAAGGACGAGUCCUUCGACGCAAAGGCAGGGACUCACAAAGGGCCAGGCAUUUUGUCCAUGGCAAACGCCGGGCGCAACACAAACGGCUCGCAGUUCUUCAUUUGCACCGUUUCCUGUCCGUGGCUGGACGGCAAACACGUCGUCUUCGGGCAGGUGUUGCGCGGGUUUGACCACGUAAAGGCCGUAGAGGAGCUCGGAACACCACACGGCAAGCCAAGCAAGACUGUCAUUGUCUCUGACUGCGGGGUACUAAAGGAGGUAUCGUAG